AUGGACGCCCCAUCCCCAUCAAGCCCAAGUCAAGCCAAGUUGAUCUCCAUCACGGCCGUCCUUGUUAUUACCAUUCUCGCUUGCCUCAUUCAAUGCUUCUCUGGGCAAAAGACCCCUUCGACCACUGCGCAGGCAAAUUACCAGACCGACUCAGGACCUGAGCCGAUGCACAGUUUUCUGGACCUCAAUGCAAAGGCCUCCCCCUUUCAUCCUCCCUCGAGUUCGGCCACAAAAGGCUCGCCACAGCACAGAGCCCUUCGCUCUGCCAUCAUCGAUUCGUUCCAGGAGAAAGGCCAGCCGCUGAUUGAGAUGGCGGAAAAGCGACGAAAGCGUUCCGGCUACGGCGAGCCAGGUCAGAACAUUCCCCAUGGAGCACAGAGUGAUGAGGAGGCCAGAGCUCAUAUCAUGAGUCAGAUCGUCACUUUCCUUCUGGAAGACGAAUCACGCGCCCACUACGCCAAAGUCUUUGUCCCGGCCCUGGAUCGUGCCGGCUGGUCGAUGAACUCGGAGAAGAGACUGAAUAGCCUCAAAGGGCUGUGUCGUUGGUAA